AUGGACCCAAGGGCAUAUGCCAUCCAUAAAAGACUGAUGGAAAAGACUGGGCAUCGCUUCAAGCCCCCAGGCUCAGAACCAUAUGAAGGUCGGAAGCGAACAACGGUUCCCUUGAUCAGACCGCCAGAGAACUGUGAGAAUCGCAAGCGUCAUGGAUUUGCCUACGAUCCCUUGCCAACGCCGACGUCAAUACAGCUUCUUCAAGUGCACCCAGAGAGGCUUAGAACCGAGUUCGAUAUAUAUAUCCCUCCUCGCUGUACCCUCAUCGUCAGGGAUUUGGAUGAUGCCCCGGUCUACGAUGCCCUCUCCUAUACAUGGGGCUGCCCAGUCACCAUGUACUCCGACGCAAAGGAAGUCUCGUCAGACGCCGCCUGGGCUGCACCGGCCUUUGAUAUUACCUGCAACGGGAAGCCCUUUUCAGUCACCGCCAAUCUCUAUGCGGCCCUUCUCAGUUUGCGCGUGCGACCUUCUCGAAAGGCUAGUCGACACUCUUACAUAUGGAUUGAUCAGAUCUGCAUUGAUCAGUCGAACCUGAAGGAACGAAACGCCCAGGUCACGUUAAUGAGGCGGAUAUACAAGCAAGCCCAGAAGUGUUCAGUCUGGCUUGGUGGCGAUGACAAAUUUUCUGAAACUGGCCUCGAGACCAUGACAAGGCUGUGGAACAUGAUCCCUGAGAUGACUUCCAAGUUUGCCAAGGCACGUAUCUUCGAAGCUGAGACAUACGACAGCAUAGGAAUGGAACCAAUCGGGCCGUGGGAGUGGAUCGCCUACUACGCUUUCUUAGGUCGCUCCUGGUUCUGGCGCUCGUGGGUUGUGCAAGAGGCCGCGCUCUCGCAGGAAUUAUCAUUUUGUUGCGGUGUAUCGACCUUCUCUCUUGAUAUUAUUGGUCAUGGUUUUCAAAUAUUGAAGAGCACGGACUGGGCCACCUCCAGCCUACAACUUGCCAGCGCUCUCGAGGGGGACUCACAUGGCUUUUCCAAGGAGGCGGAGCAGAUCAAGAUGCAGGCCCCAGGAACCUGUCUCUACCGGCCAAAUACAGAGGAUAGACCGAACCCAUCCAUCCUGGAACAUCUUUCCAGAAUACGAGGAGGCACCCUUGGGUUCUCGACUCCCAAUCAUCGCGCUUUGAGCCAGAUCUUGUUCAUGUUCCAGGAGCUGAGAGCAACCGAUCCGAGAGACAAGGUUUAUUCUUUGCUCGCCCUUGCCGAGGAGUCGGGCCAGGUUGGGACGCUGGUCCCUGACUAUAGAAAAUCCGUUGCAGGAGUGUUUCAAGAUACAAUGCAGUUUCUACUACAGUCCAGCAAUAGCCUCAACGACCUUUCCAAGAAAGAAGACCCGCGGGAAACCAAGACCGCCAACCUUCCAUCCUGGGUUCCAGAUUUCACCAUCAAUCGCGCAGCAUCGCCAAGAACCUUUUCAGGACUGAGUCCAUGGUCCGCCGGGGAACAUCUUGGCAAAACUCACAUCGUGUUUCAUCCUGGUGCAGUGCUGGAAGUACGAGGGUUGUGCAUCGGGAAGGUUCGCGAGAUCCAUGACCCCUCUACACCCUUCAACUUGGGCAUUAGCAUUGGUCAGCGGUCACUUCUCAAAGUUGUGUAG